UUUUAAUGAGAUUAUUACAAUGAUUGCAUGUUUGGGUGAGAUUAUUAGUUUUAUUUCAAUUAGUCCAAGGCAAAGAUUCAACCAUCACUUAAACAAAAUCAAGGAACUAUUAGUACAUUGUUGAAUAGAAAUAGAGAAUUCCAAUUUUUGAUAAUUUUAUCAUCACUUGAUUAUUUUCGAAUGGAUAUAUUCAAUGAUGUAAAAUCAGAAAAAUCGAAUAAAAGAAUCAAUUAAAAGAGAUCCUACAAUUCCAAUUACGAAUUUGUUGGGGCCAUGACAAAAAAAAAAUCGAGCCUUCUGGCAUUGAAAACGAUAUUUGAAGUAUUGAAAUGUCACCAAUUUUAACUUGGGAGGACUUAUUCGUCCUUAACAUAAAAACAAUUGGAGGACUUAUUCAUAAAAAUCAAUUGGAGGACUUAUUCGUCCUUGAAAUUUGGAUGGAUAGGUAGAUAAAGGAGGACAAUUUCUUUCAUUUGUUCUCUCGCACUGCGAACGAAGGCAGACCGUAUCACCCACCCAGAACCAUUGGUGCAGAGCUCGAUAUGCUGACGGCAGCAAUGUCGAAACCUUCAUAUAAGAUAAUUUUGGGUUCGGCAUCAAUGGCUCGGCGGCGGAUUCUAGCUGAGAUGGGUUAUGAAUUUACUGUCAUGACUGCAGAUAUUGAUGAGAAAAGCAUUAGGAAAGAUAAGCCUGAAGAAUUGGUGAUGGCUCUAGCUGAAGCUAAGGCAGAUGCCAUCAUAGCAAGGCUUCUGAACACAGGUCAACUGCAGAACGAUACUGAUAUGACGUUGUUAAUUACUGCUGAUACGGUCGUGGUAUAUAAAGGAGUGGUGAGAGAGAAACCAACCAGUGAGGAAGAAGCAAGGGAAUUUAUAAAAGGCUAUUCUGGAAGCCAUGCUGCAGUUGUAGGAUCAGUCCUUGUAACCAAUCUCACUACAGGUUCGAGAAGGGUAACUUGGGAGAGAGCAGAGGUAUAUUUCCAUGAGAUACCCGAUGAAAUCAUCGAUAGCCUGAUUGAGGAAGGAAUAACUUUCAAAGUGGCUGGAGGUCUAAUGCUGGAACAUCCAUUAACAUUGCCCUUUGUUGAAGCAGUGAUCGGAAAUAGCGAUACUGUCAUGGGGCUUCCAACCGCUCUUACCCAGCAAUUCAUUGAUGCAGUCUUGCAGCCUGUGAAGGCCUAAUAACUCAGUUUAUAUGUGUUUGAUAUCUCCAUAUGUAGACAGACAUAUGCUUCAGUCUGUAUAAAUGCCCUCGAAACCUCUGCUUUUCUUGCUCCAGCUUGUAGUACUUAUCCUCUGUUUCUAAGAUGGAGCCUUUUCACAUAUUUUGCUCUGCAAUUAAUUAGUAAACUCUGCCUCACCAAUCUUAUUAAAAAUGCACCCAAUUAGGGUUCCAAAAACCACCAACCCAUCAUCAGCUUGUUCCUCUCUGUCUCUGUUUCUCUCUCUCUCUCCGGCUUUUCGUAACAUAUCCGUCAUUCAACUAUUCACAACCCAGAAAUCUUAAGACACACAGAAGAAACCAAAUAGUAAGAAAAAAAUGGCAGCAGCAGAUUUUGCAGUACGAUUUGGGAUCACCGGAUGCACCAGGCUAGAGAAGAAAGUCACCAGAGCCUUGAAGUUGUAGGAUCAGUCCUUGUAAUGAAAUCCGUUGAACUAGGCUGCAGAUGUGUAGCUCUGUGAAUGAAUAGGGCCCUGUAAU